CCUCACCGUGCCGCUUAAGCUGAUGGAUGUCUCUUGGGAGAGACAAAUAUCACUAGAGCUAGGGCUAUAUUCCAACAUCGAAUUCGGCUUGAUACCUAUCUGCCUGAAGAAUACGUUCCAAUAUAUUACUAGGGCUCAUACAAGACGUUGGGCUCAAAUUGUUUUCCGUUUGGUUACUACAAAUUUUCUCUUCGGAUAUCUCCAUCUGCUUGGAGCUUUGUUUCCCCGAAAAAAUGAUGGAGAAAGAAGGAGAACUGCCCGUAGCAACACAAAGCUUGGAUGUAGCAGAAGGAUUUCUGCAAGAUGACACUGCUGCACGACCUCACGAUAUUGGAGCCGAGUUGUAUUUGGAAGUGCAGCAGUACUCGCGGGAGGAGUUAGACGCUGAGAGGAAGAAAGUUCUGGGGAAGAUUGACAGGGUCAUAUUGCCCAUGAUAUGUAUCACAUACACUCUGCAGUUCCUGGAUAAACUGUCAUUGAAUUAUGCCUCGGCGUAUUCUCUCAAAGAUGACCUUGGACUUGACGGUCAGCGGUACUCAUGGGCAGCAGCAAUCUUUAACUUCGGGUACCUCUUUUGGGCUAUCCCCGCAAAUAUUCUGAUCCAGAGGUUUCCUGUUGCCAAACAUACCGGUAUUAUGAUUCUCUUCUGGGCAAUCAUCUUAGUAUGUCAUGUCGCGGCUAGGGGUUAUGCUGGUAUGCUAGUCUUGCGAUUUGUCCUCGGGAUGUUCGAAGCAGGCAUCUCACCGAGCAUCAUGAACAUAACCUCGAUGUUUUAUACACGAAGCGAACAGCCCUUCCGAAUGUGCCUAUUUUUGGCAUUUAACGGCAUGGCGACGAUGGUUGGCGCCUUACUUGGGUAUGGACUGGGCCAUGCCAUGGACAGCACCUUGAAAAGUUGGCAACUGAUCUUUCUCGUUAUUGGACUGAUGAAUUUUGUGUGGGCCUUUGUCUUUCUUUGGUUUAUGCCCGACUCACCAAGUGAAGCUCGGUUCCUGAACCAUAAGGAGAAGGUUGUUGCUGUUCAUCGCAUAGCUGAGAACAUGAUUGGUGUAAAAAACAAGCACUUCAAACCCCGACAGGCAAUAGAGGUCAUCUGGGAUGUUAAAGUGUGGUGUUUGGUCCUUGUAGGACUGGCUUGUGGCAUCAUCAACGGUGGAGUGUCCAACUUUUCGUCUUCCUUGCUGAAAGGAUUUGGAUUUUCCGGAAUCUACGCCACUUUACUCCAACUACCGACCGGAGCCAUCGAGUUUGUUAUAGUACCGCUUUGCGGACUUGCUGCUGGCUAUUUCAAGGAUGCACGAUGUGUUAUAAUGGUCAUCGCUUGCUUUCCUUCUCUUGGUGGGUUGCUUGGUAUCCGGUUGACUAGUCUUGAUCAUCGUUGGUCGUUGGUAGCCUGUACGUGGCUUCAAUACCUGAUAGGUGCCCCUGUGAUACUUUCUUGGAACCUUAUGACCUCGAAUAUAGGAGGCCAUAGUAAGAGGUCACUCACCAACGGUUUAUGGUUCCUGUUAUACGCCGCAGGUAAUGUAAUUGGCGCACAAAUAUUCUUCGCACGCGAGGCUCCAAGAUACACCUCCGCCAUUCUUGGACUCUGCAUUUGCUACGCUGGAAUCGUAGUUGGCACAAUAGUCAUGAGGCAACAUAUGUGGUGGAUGAACUACAGAAGAAACCGUAAGGUAGAAGCAGCCGAAAGAGCAGUUAAUGGCGCACAUGUUGAAGGGAUGGCAGAAGGCUUCAAUGACACGACAGAUUUGCAGAACCUGCACUUCAGGUACUGUUUGUAAACAAAAAAGUCGGAUGUGCAUCGCAUUAUGGGCUCUUGGAAAUCGAGGGUGCUGAGAGUACCCUAAACCAGACACUGCUAGUUAGUAAUGAGAUAUUAGUUGGAGUGGUAGCAACUUAACUGGAUAUUGCUAUUAAGCUGUUGGUCGACA